GUGGCUGCUGAAACGGAAGAAAUCAAAAAUUCGCAAAAACAAAUCGCGGAAAAACUUCAAUCAAUUGAAGAUGCAAUUUCAAAAAUGUCUAUUUUGUCGAAGAAUACUUCCCACGCGGCACCAGAAGCGAAUAGAUUCAUGGUGAAGCAUGAAUUCAAAAAGCUGAGCAAAAUGUUCGAUGGUGAUUACAGCGAAGAUGUACCCUUAUCGUUUUUCUCACAUUUCAGGUGGUUAGGAGUAGAGCGCAUGGACGAUCGCUUCACAUUUUAUAUUAGUUGCGAAACAAAACAACACAAUAUGUCAAUUGAAACUGAAUUGAAGUUCAGACUGAUAGGCUACAACAAUAUCACUAAAACUAUGAAACACGGUUAUCUACGGAAAAAGACUAUUGAUGAUACUCUGGAAUUGGAAGAUAUUGAAGACGAAGGGCAAGUUCUAGAUAAUUUGACACUUGAAGUAGAAGUUGAAAUUAUAAAAAUGACUGGAUCCAAAAAAGAGAAAAUGCGAACAUUUGAUGAAUCACAAAAAGACGUCUCCGAUGUUGUUUUGGUGGUACAGGAUACCCAAUUCUACGUCUCAGAAAUGUACCUCGCCUCUCAAUCUACAUAUCUCAAGACUCUGUUCCUCGGGGGUUUCUCCGAAUCAAAAAAAUCCGAAAUCGCCUUGACUGGAAUCGAUGCAGAUGAGUUUCAACAUUUUCUGGAAGUUCUAUAUGGAGAAUUCUCAAUUGAUGAUUUCACAGUGGAAGGAAUUCUUCUGAUCGCCGAUUUUUACGAUACUCCAAUGGUGGCUAAGAAAUAUGAGAUGUUUCUUUUUCGCAAGAUAGAAACAUUAAAUUCUGUGACAUUUCGAAGGAAAGAAGCAAAAGGAAAAAAAGAAAUGGGAAAGGACCCAACAGAAUUCCGAAAAAAAACAUUUAUUUUAAAAAGUUGUGUAAAAAACGAAUCGAAAUCUACAAACUACUCUCAAAUUGUUUGCUCUUUAGAAAAAGCCUUUUGA